AUGAUCUCCGACGACGACCUCUACCGCCUCGCCAUCUUCCUUGGCUCCUGCGCCAUGAUGAUGAUUGUCCUAUACCACUUCCUCGAUGUCAAUGCCAGCGAGGAGGAACCAGAGUCUGCCGAAUCAGCAAGUCAGAUUAAGGCCGAGGGUGCUGUGCCAGCCGUGUCCACAGACAAGGUGUCGGCUUCAAGGAAGGGGAAUUAA